CCUGAGCCAUCAGCAUGAGUGCCACUGAUGAACCCCAGGAUUAAUGCACUGCUCACUUGUGAUUCUAAGCAAAAAGAAUAAAAGUCAUGGAGACGUACAAAGAGCUGCCGCCGCUGCCCUUCUCCAUAGAGGCCAUAAUCGCCGGGGGCCGUCCUGCCCACCGGCCGCCCCCGCCUCUCCCGGACGUGUCUGCGCCUCCGAACUUGGCCCCACCGCCCUGGGGUCUUCUGUACAGCCCCUGGCUGAUGCUGCACCUGCAGCACCAGGGCCUCUACCAUCCCCAAGUGCCGCCCCACGGACUCUUGCCCCUGCACCCGCCGCCCCCGCACCCAUCACUCAGCCCCCACAGACUCAGUUCCUCCGAGGACGAGGAAGAAAUUUCGCCUAGGUCGACGCCGCAACCUCGAGAGGACGACGCCUCGCUCACAGGUGGAAACUGCACUGAGCCAGCGAGUCCAGGUUCGAUUUGUGGUGAAAGUGAGACUUCGGUGACUGGCGACGGUUCUUCUCCCGCCGACGGAUCUUCUGUGGGAAAAUCCAACGGGAAAAUUCGGCGGCGCCGGACAGCCUUCACGAGCGAGCAACUGCUGGAGUUGGAAAAGGAGUUCCACGCCAAGAAGUACCUGAGCCUGACCGAAAGGUCGCAGAUCGCGAGGUCGCUGCGGCUGAGCGAGGUGCAGGUCAAAAUUUGGUUCCAAAACCGGCGGGCCAAGUGGAAACGGGUCAAGGCCGGCCUGGGAUCGGGAACGCGCGGGUCUCAAGGGCCGCAGGGCGUGGGUCCUCAGGGUGGCAGCAAGAUCGUGGUGCCCAUCCCGGUGCACGUCAACCGCUUCGCCGUGCGCACCCAGCACCAGCAGCUCGAGAAGGCGGCCGCCGCGGCCGCGGCCACCGGCAGUGGCGCGGCCCUCAAGUUGGCCGGUCUGCCCACCCUGACGCCCACAGGACUUCUGCACCACUCGGCCGGCAGUGUCAUGCGCUCCCUUGGUAACGCAACCUCCACGCCAAGUGUCACUUCGAGCAGUUAGAAAUUCCCUAAAACUUCGAGGACGUUUAAAAACUUGAGUUUUUAAGAAGAAAAUGGGAUAUUUAGGGAAAAGGACAGACGAUUUGUCAAUAAGACUUGUUUUAUUUGUGUAAACCGCAGUGUUAAAUCAGGCAAAACUUAAAUUUUUAUGUUCGCAGAAAAACUCUUAAAUAAACAAUACGGAAUUUAAAAUUUUUAUACUAAAAGUAAGAAAUCUGUUCUCCAGUGUACCAGUAUUCCAAAAUUAAUGCAAGAGAGCAACAACAACAAAUUUGACAGAACAUUGAGAUGAAGGAUGAAUAAAGCUUUUUUUAAGAUGAGAAACAAUUCCUUUGGAAAAAAGUUCAUUCAAUUUUUUUUUUUUUGUGCAAUCAGCGCUCUGUGAUUAUCAUUAACCAAGCUAAUUUACCAAGAAAUUCAAUACUGCAGGUUUAAAAUUUAUAAUUUUUUGAAAAUGAUCUGCUGAUAGAAGUUAGGUAAUUUUUUUUUCAAAUUAAUUAAGUUUAACUUGAAAAUUUUGGAGGUAAAAAGACUCAUUUCUUCAAGGGAAGUUAGUUGGUCCAUUGAUUGAAAUUAAAUGCUUUUUUUAUUUUGAAAAAUAUGAUUUGGGAAAAAAAUUCGUGUUUCAUCCUGCAAAUUGAUUCACAGAGCAUCAGAAAUUCUUGCAUGCGUCGCUACAAAAUUUUGCUCUCAAAAUAUUUUAACCAAAUUUAUUUAACUUAAGCAAUUUCUGGAAAUUUUAAAGAGGGAUUCACAAACUUUUAUUGUAUGAACGAUUUCUAAAUGUGCCAAAAUUAAAAUCGAAUUUUAAACGUCGAAAUUAUUAUAUUUAUGUGACAAGUGCAAAAAACGCUGAUUAAAACGCCAUGGGAACUCGCGGACGAUUACUUUGUGGCCGGCGCGAGUGUCUGGCAAAUAAACUGCAUUAUUCAGUGUGCGUGUUUGUAAAUAGUGUAAUUUGCCGAAGACAGCCUUCACAAUGAUGCAAACCAAUAAAUUACGCGCGUCUAGCUCCCCCCGUCCACACACAGAGUCAAUGGAAGCGCGAAUAAUUUGUCAUAAAUGCACAGAGCGCGAGCAGAAGCGAAGCGGCGGUUUGUAGGAAGCAAGAAAUCUCUCUGCGCCAUUAUCGGUGCAGCGAGUCAUUAUUGUUAUUAUUAAUGCUCCAGCUGUGGUUCUCUCUUUAAAAUAAAUCACCCGCGGGACCUUUCACAUUAGCAUUAAUUCACCGAUACAUGACUCGGCAUAAUUCACCAAGACCGAAACGAUGCACCUUUGAAUAAUGAUCAAAAUGUGUGAUGUUUUCCUAGCCCUCGACUUAAUAAGGCAGCGCCUCUCAGUCAGUGAUGCUGACGAUAUGAUUGCCCUUAUCUGUAAUUGAAUUGCCAGCUCACAAAAUUAUUUAGUUGCUCUCAGUCAGAUAUAGGCCGGAAAGCACAAAACAAAUUCGUUUAUUUUGGAUGGGAUUUUUUACAAAAAAAAAGUUUAAGCAGAGGCUUUGGCAAAGAUAAAACACGGCUCGAUCAAUUUUAAUGGUAAUUUUUUUCUACAUUAGCAUUGUGUUUUAGUUGUCAGUUCCAAGAAGACAUAGUAAGAACAAUUUCAUUUAUUCUGAGAACUGAAUUUUUGAAAUUUAACAAUGUUUCUUACGGAAAUUUUCUAAAAUAAUUUGUUUCCCUCAAAAUUGGCCCCAUUAAAAUUGAUAAAAAUUUCACCAAAUCACGUUCAUAUUACCCCAAUUAAGACGGAAAAAUAAAAUCAAUCAGGUCAGUCCACAUCAAAUUUAUCUUACGGGAAAAGGACAAGAAGUUUUUUUUACAGUGUAGAUGCCAUAAGCUCCUCGUUAAAUUAAUUUUCAGUUUGUUCUAAAAAAAAUAUAGAACUUGCAAAGAUGAAGUUGAUUGUUUCAUAUAUGUACCCUUAUAUAAAGAGAGAUUCAACAUUCAUAAUUCCAAAAACUUUAUAAAAAAUUCCUUUUUAAGAAAUUUGCAUUGAAAAAUACACCAUUGUACAAAUUAAGAAGAUGAAAAAUGGCUCGUAUGAAAUCGGCUAGAGAGGAUUGGAAUCGAUUUGUUAAAAAGUGACGCGGCCGUGGGUAUAUUAAUCAAGCGAUGCCUCCCUGGGAGGCCGCCGCGCUUUUCGCGCAAUCAAUUCCCGGUGUGUGCAUGAUUGCUGCAAACAAACCGCCGUCGGCGUGAAUUUACAAUGCCGCGUGUGAAUAAGAAUCGAAAGUCUAGAGUGCAACAGACGUGCCAAUUCCUGUAAUCUCGGGAUUAAAAGCCACAAAGCAGGCCCCCGUGCCGCUUUGCUUCUUUUUAUUGUCGCUAAUCGAGUCGCGCAGGGGGUGAAAGCGACCCCGCGUUUACGCUGCAACAAAAGAGCAGCCGGCAGAAAAUGUGCAGCAUCCAUAGGGCCGAUUAUAUAUAAUAUUAGUGCAUUAACAUAAUGUGCAGGCCGUUUUUAUAUCAUUGUUGUUGAUGUCAAAGCAAAUUCUGCUUUUUUGACUUUGGCUGGCGCACGCUCUGCCGCUUUGUUUUCUUUCAUUCCGCCCUUGCGGGACGAGAUCGACGCAUGCAGAAUUAUGAAAAGCAGCAGCGCCCUUCGUACAUUUCAUUUGUUGUUGCAUCUCUUGUGUGCGGCUGCCAGUUUGGCUAAUUACGUGCGACAGUGAUUUGAGUGCGUGAGGAAUCGAAAUUGGACGUGAUGUUUAUUACGGCGGCCUGAACGUUAUUUGAAUGAGUGGAAUUUCGUUAUGUCAAAUGAAAACUCUGAAAGCAAUAUAAAAUUAUGUAAUGCGACGAUGAUUUAAAGAAUGUUUUGCAUAAUUGUGUAUCAAACAAUUGUAAAUAUGAUAUGAUCUUUGUGUUUAAAUAAAUAAGCUGUUGCAAUAAUAACGCCA